AUGUGUGAUGCAAAUGAUUGCGCACAACAAUUAUAUAACCAUUAUUCUACAUUACUUGAUAAUGCUACACCGACUUCUAUCCCAUGUGGUCCUUCUAACGAAACUUCAUCUACUAAAAGACAGGCACAAAGUGUGCCUAUCAUGGGUGUUCCUAGAUUAUCUAUUUGGUCUCAAAUAACACCUCAACAAAGUAAUACAAACUUUGAUGAGCUUCAAUUUUUUUUGAGACAACCAUUAGAGCCUUUCGAAGAUGGAGUUAAUGCACUGGAUUGGUGGAGGAACAAUAGAAGACAAUUUCCCGUUCUUUCAACAAUGGCUAGAGAUGUGCUAAAUGUUCCAAUGUCAACUGUUGCAUCAGAAAGUGCAUUUAGCUAA